ACUGAUGCAGGAACACUAGAAAGGAUAUUGCGAAAAUUGGAAAUGCAUCCUCAUAGAUGCUGUCAGCGAAUGUACACAAAGUGUCUACUUUAUAUCGAUAGCUGUGUGUGUUUGUGUGUAUGGGUGAAUCUCCAACUAUGAUUUCCUGUCGAAGCUUCUUUCUGGAUUGGAUUCCUCCAUCUUUAGCUUGUUCUCCAUCCUUCUGGACGACACUCGGAUUAUGGCAGAUGGAGAGCUACUGGAAGUCAGCGCAGGCCGGCUGAAGGAUGUCCCUGUGAAGGCUCAAGCCGGUUUCUUUGGAGGGAGCUGUGAUGCGAGUCUUGGCGGGACGCAGAAGGAUGACGUGAUGCUGAGCCCGUCAGCCUGAUUCUGCUGAAGUCACUAGAAGUCAACAUGCAAAGGAGCCCUGGGAACACUGAGGCAGACUGUAGUAGGACUCGAUCUGGAACGGAGCAGGAACAAGUUCAGACUGAACAUGCAUCUGAUUGUCUGUUAGGUAAUUCAUUUGUGCGAGUGCAGACGGCGUGUUCUGCCCCAAACACACCCUGUGGUACUGAGUCACUGCCUGUCCUUUGUCUUAUCAGGCUGAGUGAACCGCUGAUCUCGCCCUCACAUUGCUGCUCUAUCAGUUGCACAAUGCAAAUGAGGUGAGUCCUUAGGGCGCAGUUUUUGUGCGUGCAUGAGCGAACCCACCGAAUGCCUGUUCAGAGGAGGAAACAAGUCAAUUGCAAUAAAGCAGGGUGUGACGCAAAGUAUCUCAAACAAAGAGCAUUCCCCGUGGGCCUCCAGUCUCUCCAUGUGACACACUUUCCCACCGUCAGCAGCAAGACACUGACAUUACGCUGCGUUCAACCGCUGACAGGAAGCAAAGGUUCACAGUGUGACCUGAUACUCAUUCUUCAGCAAUUGUCUUGAGCUUUAAACAAGACGAAUGGAGAAAAUCGCCAUCAUGAUUGGGACGAUUAGUGAGUGGUUUUGGUGGGACCGGCUGUGGCUGCCGGGAAACCUCACGUGGGCCGAUCUUAAAGACGGAGAAGGGUUCGUCUACGCCAGAGCAUCCCACCUCUACGCCACCGUGCCUUUUGCCAUAGUCUUCCUUGUAGUCAGAUACCUGUUUGAAAGGUUGUUAGCGACACCGCUUGCAGCUUUGCUUGGCAUUACAGAGAAACCCAGAUACAAAGUGGAGCACAACCCUGUUCUUGAACAUUAUUUCAGUACAAAGUCAAAACACCCCAGACAGGCAGAUAUUGAUGGCCUGUGCAAAAAAUGCAGCUGGUCAAGUAGAAAAGUGGAGCGCUGGUUCAGAAGAAGACGAAACCAGGACCGUCCUGGGGUUCUGAAAAAAUUCCGAGAGGUCAGCUGGCGAUUGGUGUUUUAUCUGGCGGCGUUCGUUGGAGGAAUCAUAGCCCUGUAUGAUAAACCCUGGUUUUAUAAUUUGCGGGAGAUGUGGAACGGCUAUCCCAGACAGUCCAUGCUGGAUUCUCAAUACUGGUAUUAUAUUGUGGAGAUGAGCUUCUAUUUGUCACUAGUGCUCAGAAUAACCUUCGACGUCAAACGAAAGGACUUUAAAGAGCAGAUCAUCCAUCACUGGGCCACACUGACGCUCUUGGCUUUCUCUUGGUGUGGGAACUACAUCCGGGUCGGGACCCUGGUCAUGCUCAUUCACGAUUCCUCCGAUAUUCUUUUGGAGUCUGCCAAGAUCUUCAACUACGCCAAAUGGGAAAAAACGUGCAACGGCAUCUUCGUGGUAUUUGCUGCUGUCUUCAUAAUCACGCGACUCAUAAUCUUUCCAUUCUGGAUCAUUCACUGCACGUGGGUUUAUCCACCAGACCAUUACCCACCAUUCUUUGGAUAUUACUUUUUUAACUUCAUGCUCGUCAUCUUGUUAAUGCUGCACACAUUCUGGGCAUUUCUGAUUCUGCGUAUGGUGAAGAUGUUCCUUUUCGGAAGUUUAACCAAAGACGAGAGGAGUGACAAUGAAGAAGACGAUGAAGAAGAUGGGGAAACCAGUGUGACUGAGGACAAUGACAGACAUGUGAAAGUGACCAAUGGCUGUGGAGCAGGAGGCGGGGCUAAUCACCACUGACACCUCUUCUCUUAAACUGUGAAGGACUUUGAAUUGCCCUCAAGGGAUGCGAGGAGCCAGAAACAUACAUUUGAUUGAUCGUCCCGCAGAGAAUAUGUCAGAAACUUGUCAAAACAACUUGCAUCUUUUAACAACACUGAAAAAACAAAGCCCCCCCACCCCCACUUUGUUUCUCAUGAGACAACUUGCUGUGUAUCUUUUGGCUGCUUCAAAACCUUUUUCCCCCUUUCAACUAAAAUUUUUUUUCAUUAUGGCUCAAGAUCACAUGGGUAAUUAUAAAAGAACACUGCGCAAAGAAAAAGAAACUACUCAUAAGUUUUAAUCGACUCCUCAUUGUUUUUGAAGAGAUCACGUCACGCUGUCUGCUCUCAUUGUCUGGCAUCGUCCAUCGAGGCUUCAUCCGCCGUGCUGUUGAGUUUUACAUCAGCCUCUGCUGUCCAACACACUAAUCAGAUGAGAUCUCAAGGUUAUGUUCCUGCAAGUGAUUUUGAAGAAGAACAUCUACUUUCGUAUCACUUAACAGCAGAUGUUGCUUUCUUUCAUUUUAACUUUGUGUCUACAUUGGAGGAGUCCAACAUUGUUUGUUGAAGAAGUUCACACUGCUGAAGGUUUUUUUUUUUUUUUUUUUUUUUGUAAGGGCCAUUUUCAUAAACUUUUGAGUCUCUCUACUGCUGGUUUCAAGCUAGUAGGUAUUCUAUGCUUCCUCUGUAUCUGCACUAUCAAUAGCAGUUGCUUCAUAGCAGUCUGCUCAGCUCAAAUCACCAGCUGUCAAUGAAAAUGAAGGACUUGCAGUAAGUCAGUAGACGCCCUUUCACACUGAGUUUACAGAUAAUACACGGGUAAUGUGUCCCGGCAAUUGUUCCCGGAUCGUUAGAUUUUGGUUCAUUCACACUGCCAGUGAUUUCCUGAAAUCUGCGUGCAUUCACACACAACCCAUAAAGGUACCCGUAAUGACACGUGACAUCAGGAUGUGCCGUGUAAUGUACGAGUCAAAAAUGCUAAGCAUGAUAACCAGGGAUGGGCGAUACCACAUAUUUUGUUUUCGAUAUGAUACCAUUACUUUUAAUUGCCAGUAUCGUCAAUAUCGAUACAGAUACGAUAUGAUACUUCUAAACUGAACAUUUAGAUUAUGAAAUGUACUAAUUAUUAUGACUACAAUAGGUAAUAAUACCUCCUUUACUUUAUAUUUGAAAUGCAUUUUAACAUUCAAUACGCCUUAAUUGCAACUUAAAAUAUGUUUACUGUAGUGGUAAGUAAGGAAAUCUAAAAAUACUUUAGUUAAAUUAUGUUCACUUUACCAUGGUUCAUUGUCAUAAGGGACUGGCAGUAAUAGGCUGUUGCAUGCUUAAAAUGCAACCUUUUUAUUCGGAGAGUGUAUGAUUUACCGUAUUUUCCGGACUAUAAGUCGCACUUUUUUUCAUAGUUUGGCU